GUUCUUCUCACCUUGAGACCAUGUAUUGGGCGUUGUGAGCUCGAACUUCUUUCCAACUUGACAAGGAACACUUGCGAAGAUGGUGGGAGAAGACGAGAAGUCGCACGUCGUUGCUGCCAGCGACAUCACCAAGGACGCUUCCAACCCCUCCUCCAACGCGGUUGUGGAUGUCUCUAACAACAACUCCAAGUCCGAGGCUGACCAACACGCACCUGUCGACACUCCCAACGAUGUCAGCGAUGUAGCCGUCGAGGGUGCGCAUAACACCGCCGACAAGGUCGUCGAUCUUGAUGCUUUGGCGCGACGAUCAUCGUUAUCGUCCUCAUCUUCAUCGCCAUCAAACCUCCAGGAACAGACCGAAGAGAAGCCCAAGCUCCUCGUCUAUGCCAACCCCAAACCAUUUGACUAUUUUCUGCUCGUCGGCGGCACCAUUGUUGCCUGCUCCGCCGGUGCGCCCUUUCCGCUCAUGGGUAUCAUUUUCGGUCAGCUGGUCAACGAUCUCAACAACGCUUCCUGCAGCGACGGCGAGCAAGUGACGGACCAGACUCCCGAAGAGAUCCAGGACAGCGUCAACAAAAAGGUCGUGAUGCUCACUUACAUUGCCAUUGCCAGCUUCGUCCUCAUCUAUACUUACAUCCAGACUUGGUCAAUUUUCAGCCGCCGCCUCGAGACCCGUCUCCGCGACCGCUACUUCAUGAAGGUCCUCCUUCAGGAUGCUGCCUUCUUUGACAAGCGCCAAGCUGGAGAGAUCUCAUCUCGCCUCAACUCAGACAUCCAAGCUAUCCAGACCGGCACGUCGGAAAAGGUGGGCAUCUGCAUGGCGUGCACCUCCUUCUUCGUCACGGCCUAUGUCGUAGCUUUCAUUAAGAACACCAAGCUUGCUGCCAUGCUCGUCUGCCUCAUUCCGGCUUUCUUGAUGCUCGCUGGAUUUGGAAGUUACUUUAGUGCAAAGUUCGCGAGCAACAUGUCCGAUAGGAUUGCUUCCGCUUCCUCCAUUGCAUCAGAAACCUUGUCCAACAUCCCCGUGGUGCAAGCGUUUGGCGCCGGUCCCCGACUUGAGGCCAUCUUCGCGUCUAGAAUGGAUGCAGCUAAGACGCAAGGCAUCAAAAAGGCCUUUGUCGCUGCAGUCCAAGCCGGCAUGCUGUACUUUAUUGCCUACGCGGCCAAUGCGCUCUCUUUCUGGCAGGGAAGCAAGCAGAUAGCCGAAGCCAUGGCCAACGACGGAAAAGGCGCCACGGUCGGUGAUAUCUACACUGUCAUUCUCCUCCUGGUGGACGCCUGUAUCGUCCUUGGUUCCAUUGCGCCCCUGCUUCCCCUUAUUGGUGCCGCGGCUGGAUCUUUCCAGAAGCUCCGCCAGGACAUGGACAGCCCUGCUCUUAUCGAUGCUGGCUCGACCAAGGGCGAGAAGCUUUCGUCUGUUGAAGGAUCAGUGGUGUUCAAGGAUGUUUCGUUCGCUUACGUCUCGCGACCCAACCACCAGGUACUGAAGAGCGUCUCCUUUGAAUGCCCGGCUGGGAAGCACACUGCCCUUGUGGGUUUCUCUGGCAGCGGCAAGUCAACUGUUGCUGGCCUGACCUCCCGACUCUACGACCCGACUGAGGGAACGGUGACGCUCGAUGGUCACAACCUCAAGGAUCUCAACGUCAAAGGAUUGAGAAGCCACAUGAGUCUUGUGCAGCAGGAACCGUCUCUGCUGGACCGCUCAAUUAUCGAGAACAUUGCCCUUGGUAUCCUAAACUCGCCUCAACCCAGUCACCACCGAUUUCAGGCAACCAUACUGGGAUCAGGCCUUGCACAACUUGCGGCGCAGGUUCGAAACGGCCAGGAUAUUAAUGUUAUUGCCCAAAGCUUUGGCCAAGACAUGUUAGACUUGCUCGAACGAGUCCAGGAGGCGGCUGGCCUAGCCGAUGCGUCUAACUUCAUCAGCAAGCUUGAGUACGGACUUGCAACCAAGGUUGGCACUGGUGGAAAGCUCGUUAGUGGUGGACAGCGACAGCGAAUUGCCCUUGCCCGAGCUUUGAUCAGGGACCCCAAGAUUCUUAUCCUCGAUGAAGCGACGGCAUCUCUCGACUCCGCUAGUGAGCACCGUAUCCAGAUGGCCAUUGAGUCGAUUGCGAAGAACCGAACCGUCAUUGCUAUUGCCCAUCGUCUGUCCACUACCAAGAACGCCGACAACAUCAUUGUCAUGAACCAUGGCGAGAUCGUCGAGCAGGGAACCCAUCUGGAACUCAUGGCCUUGGGAGGCUCGUACGCUGCAAUGGUACGCCUCCAAACUGUGGACAAGGCAGACACAGGCUCCAUGACAGGCUCCAUGACAAGUACGUUGAGGGGUGAUGUCAUUCGGUCCGAGAAGGAUUCAAUCGUCGAGGAGAAGGCCAUUGUCGCUGGAAAGGAUGAUGAGAAGAAGACUGAUGGUAAGAAGGACGAGUCCAAGACUAAAGACGCCAGUCCUAGUGAGGACCCCGCCCUCGACUCCAAUAAGUCCCCGUGGGAGGUCAUCAAGAGUGUUUCUGGCAUGGCACGAUCCCAUCUACUACUCAUCAUCGUUUCUCUGUUCGCCGCUACCAUUGUGGGCAUGACUUUCUCGUCGUCCGGUCUCAUCUUCGGCCACACAGUCGAAAGAAUCAGCCCAUGCAACCCCGCCGAGGACAUCAUCGAGGCCGGCAAGUUCUUUGGAGGCAUGUGGUUCCUGAUUGCUUGCGCCGAACUCCUGGCCAACACUACGAGCUGGACCGGGUUUGGCACCUUGGCCGAGAACCUGCUCUACAAGAUCCGUGUCCUCUGCUUCCGUUCCCUCUACAAGCAGGAUUUGGACUGGCACCAGUCGGAGGGCCGAACCCCGACUGCCCUCAUGUCUGCCAUCACCACGGACGCCGCAGCCGUUGGCGGCUUCAGUGGCUCCAUCAUCGGAACGAUCUUCUCAAUCGUGGUCAAUUUCCUCAUCGCCAUCAUCAUGUCGCACAUCAUUGCUUGGAGAAUUGCCAUUGUCUGCUUGGUCAUCGUGCCUCUCCUUCUAGGUUCCGGAAUUAUGCAGAUGCGGUCGCUCUCCCAGUUCGAGCGACGACAUGCCGGUGCAUUUUCUGGCGCCGUCGGCAUCUCGGUAGAGGCCGUCAACUCGUUCAAGACCAUUUCGUCUCUGUCCAUCGAGGAUGAGGUCAUGGGAACCUACGGCCGAGCACUCAGGGCGCCUCGUAAGGAGAUCUUCUGGUCGUCUGCCUACGCCAACUUCUGGCUCUCCAUCGCCAACAGCACUAGCAACCUGAUUUACGCCUUUGCAUACUGGUGGGGAUCCACGCAGAUUACCCAAGGAAAGGCCACGCAGACUCAGUUCUUCAUCCUCCUCCUUUGCAUGCUCGUCAGCGCCCAGCUAUGGGGUCAGAUGUUCAGUCUGGCACCAGAGGUAUCCCGAGCGAGAGCCGCAGCCUCGAGAAUCCUGAGCUUGAUCGAUAUCGGUUUUUCCAAGGACCAGGCUAAGAAGGGCAAGGUUCUCCCAGCAACUUUGCAUAAUGAGAAGGAUAUCGAAGCUAGGGCAGAGGCCCCGCUGAAGAGCAAUGGCAGUAAGGGCGCCACCAUUGUUUUUAAGGAUGUGGCGUUUGCCUACCCAGCUCGGCCGCAUAUCCAGAUUCUCACAGGCAUGUCCUUUACCAUCUCGUCUGGUCAGUUUAUCGGUCUUGUCGGACCAUCCGGGGCCGGCAAGUCGACCAUCAUGUCUCUUGUCCAGCGGAUGUACCGGCCCCUGAGCGGAACGGUUGAGAUCAACGGGAUGGAUAUCUGUGCGCGUGAAGGCACCGAGUUCCGCAACGACAUUGCCGUCGUGCCCCAGGACUGCGCACUCUUCGAUGGUACGGUCCGCUUCAACGUGGGACUGGGCUCAACUCCCGACCACGAGGCGACGGAUGAGGAGAUCGAAGAAGCUUGUCGAUUGGCCAACAUUCACGAUACGAUCAUGGGACUUGCCAACGGCUACGAUACCGAAUGCGGACCUAACGGAUCCCGCCUAUCUGGAGGACAGCGACAGAGACUUGCCAUUGCGCGAGCUCUAGUGCGAAAGCCCAAGCUACUCCUUCUCGACGAGAGCACGAGCGCUCUGGAUGCAGAGAGCGAGCGAGCGCUUCAGGAAGGACUAGAGCGUGUGGCACGCGGCAUCACGGUGAUUGCCAUUACCCACCGCCUUCAUACGGUCCGCAAGGCAGAUGUCAUCUUCGUGGUGGAGGGUGGAAAGGUGGUCGAGAAGGGUCGCCAUGAAGAUUUGGUGGAGAGGAGCGAGUCAUACCGAACUAAUGCUCUUCAGCAGAUGCUUGAAAACUAAAGGACCUAGCUAACAGUGGAAAUGGGACAGAGAGACAGCUAAAUGAACCAUAGACUCAUUGAGAUACCCAGCACAGCUGUAAUAGGAGGAGACAAGGGAUUUUGUCUUUCAACACGAGAGCUCCUUGUAAAGGAAUAAGAAAACUGGUUGAAUGCAAAUAUU